AUUCAUUAUUAAAAGAAUUCUCAAAUUAAACAAAUUAUUAUUAUUAUUCAACCUAGCUAAUACGUUCCAAUAAUCUCCCUUACACUCUUAAACAUAAAAAUCUCAUUCCAUUACAAGCCAACUUAAAUAUAAGUGAUGGCCCCACCACAAGGAGAGGCCAUUCUUACAUCCUUGUCUAUGCCAAAUAAAACCUUAACCAGACCAUCAAGACUCUCUAAUUCCAAUUUUAAGAGGGUGGUCUCUGAAAAUGAUUUAUUCAAGUUGAAUAAUGAGAUUGAUAGAGAGAUUGAAGAAACAACAGAACUUCCAUCCAUUUCGGAAGUAGAAAAUGCAAAGUGCGAGUGUUGUGGGAUGUGUGAGGAGUACACACCGGAGUACAUAAAGCGUGUUCGAGAUAAAUUUCUCGGGAAAUGGAUAUGUGGGUUGUGUGGUGAUGCGGUAAAGGAAGAAAUGGAGAAAAAUGAAGGGAAUUGCAUUAAGGAAGCCCUAGAGGUUCAUAUGAGCCAUUGUGUGAGGUUCAAUAAAUUUGGUAGGUAUUAUCCUGUGUUAUGCCAAGCACAAGCUAUGAGGGAGUUAUUAAAAAGGAGCUCUAGGGUUAGGGGUAAGUCUAUGAGCCCUAGAGAUCACCUUAGAGGUCUAAAAAAAGAUGGCAUGACUAGGAGCUCUAGUUGCAUGUCUUUAACCAAUAACAAUCCUAAUAAUGAGGAUUGAUAGAAAUUUUUUGGGUUUUGUGUUUUUUUUUUUUUUUUUUUUGGGAUUAGCAUUAUUUUUGAAUGCUAAUGAUCAUAUUUUGAUGAAUCUACUCCUUUUAAUAUUUUUUGAAUUGGUUUUUACAAACAUAUAUCAAAUGGGUUGAUAAGAAUCAUUGUUGGAUUUGCUAGCAACGUGUCUAUGUAAUUAAUAAGACUUUGUUAGAAAAUCAAGUCUUCUUUUUGUUGAAAUACGUAUUACUUUCUCCGGGUAAAGAUAUUGUGUUCGACCUUUCUCGUCUCGUUUCCUAAUGCCCUUUUCUUCCCUCAAUUGAUCUUAGCGUGUAAUAAAAAGACUUUGUUGGAGCUAUAUUUAAUGGAUCAUAUAUCCUUGAUAGAGUAUAUAACAUAUUAUGGUAUUUAAACAUUUAUGAUUAAAGUCUGAUAAUAUAAUAUAUACUCUAUUAAUCCUUUUGUUCUAAUUAUCAAGUUUUUGAUUGCAUUUUAAUAUGUAUAUUGUGAAAUAAGUAAUUGAAUUUUGUACUUAUUAGUCAUACCAAGUCAACUCAGUGACAUUUAAGUCAUACCAAGUCAAGAAUAUACAUUCAGUGGAAACAAUGGGACAUAAUUAUGUAAAUUUAAUUGUACUAUUAAAAGUGAUUUUUCAUGAUGAAUCAAGGAUUUCAAAGGAAGGCCAAAUAGCCAAUAAACUAAUAACAAUAUUGUUGUGACAAGCCACAAAUCUCAUAUAGUUGGUGAUGGCUUGAUCACUCAAACAAUUGCACAAAAUGUUGUGAGUCUUGAUAAAUACAAGAGAGUACACCAAGAAAGCCUUGGAAUGUGCCUUGCCUCGCCUUGAACGAGGCAAGGCUCAAAGGGGGGACUUGCUCGAGCGAGGCAACAACUAAAAACGAAGAACAGAAGCAUUGGAAGACCCGUUCGACUGGUCAAGCGGGGUACAGGGCCCUUUUUUCGCGUGUGUUCUGUUUUGUGGGCUAUUUUACUUGGGCAUUUAGGAUUUUGUCCUAUGGCUUCUAAUAUGUUGAGGGACUAUAUAAAAAGGGUCUAAGAACAUCAUUAGAAGCAAGAGGUGAGGCAAAUACAUUAGAGAAGUUAGGGCAUUGGCCAUUAGAGUGUUUUCUUUGUAUUAGUAUCAUUUGUGGAGUUUCACAAUUAAAGGUGAAACAUUUAUGGGUUAAGAGUGAGCUCUUGACUAUUGUAACUUGAGUCAUUAGUGUAAUUGAGAUUAUAUUAAUGAUAAGAUAUUUUAUUUGA